AAAUUGAAUACGAGUAUGAUUUUAUAUUUUGAAACGCAAAACCGAGUUGAACCGAACUCAUUCAAGUUAAGUUGAGAUACAGGGUAACGGGGAGUUGUAGACUUGUAGUUAUUUGACUUGUUCGGACUCUUGUUAGUUUUGGUAGUUGAGAAUUGGAAAAUUCAACCGGCGGGGAGAUGGACGGCGGAGACGCGUUGGGGGGAGGGACAGUGACGUGUGCUUCAUGGAUCAGACGACCGGAAAACGCGCAUCUCCUGGCGGUCGGGAAGUCGACGCCUUCAUCGCUCGAGAUUUUCUCCUUUGAUCCCAAGACCACUUCCUUUUCUCCUUCUCCUAAGGCCAAGUAUUUGUUCGAGGAAGGAUGUUAUCCCGUCUGCAUUGCAGUGCAUCCCAGUGGAGACGACGUCGUUUGCUCAACUCCCACCGGCUGCAAAUUGUUCGAGUUGUGUGGGCGAGAAGAUAAUCUAAAACUAACGUGCAAAGAAUUCAAUCAUCUUCAAGAUGUGGGCCAACAAAAGUGCCUGGUUUUUAGUGUUGAUGGAUCUAAGUUGGCUUCUGGUGGAGCUGAUGGGCACUUUAGACUCUUUGAGUGGCCAAAUAUGCGCAGCAUUGUUGAUGAACCAAAAGCUCACAAGUCGUUCCAAGAUAUGGAUUUUAGUUUAGAUUCAGAGUUUUUGGCGUCUACAUCCACUGAUGGUGCAGCAAGAAUAUGGAAAACGAGUGACGGUGUUCCAGUGACAUCUCUCACACGAAACGCUGAUGAGAAGAUUGAACUUUGCCGCUUCUCUAAAGAUGGGACAAAGCCUUUUUUGUUCUGUGUUGUUCAAAAGGGCAAUAAGACAUUGAUUGCGGUUUGGGACAUCAGUGAGUGGAAGAAAAUUGGGCAUAAAAGCCUACUUAAAAAGGCAGCUUCCAUGAUGUCAAUUAGCUUUGAUGGGAAAUAUCUUGCUGUGGGAAGCACAGAUGGGGAUGUUUGCAUCAUUGAAGUAAAAAAGAUGGAGGUGUCCCACUAUAAUAGGAGGCUUCACUCUGGCUCAUACAUCACAUCAUUGGAGUUUUGUCCUAGCGAAAGGGUUGUUCUUACAACAUCUGCGGAGUGGGGAUUAAUAGUGACCAAACUGAGUGUUCCAGCGGAUUGGAAAGAAUGGCAGAUAUAUCUGUUGUUGUUGGGCUUAUUUUUAGCAUCAGCUGUGGCAUUUUACAUAUUCUUUGAGAACUCUGAUUCUUUCUGGAACUUUCCUGACCCGUCAACGAGGACAAAGAUCCACUCUGUACUUGGAGACUCACCGUCGUCAUCUGAUGAUCAAAAUGUGUGGGGAAGCUUUGGGGUGGAUAUGUAAUUAACUAAUUAUAUCCCAGAAACUAUUAUUUAGAUAUAUCUCCCACUAUUUAAAAGCUGGGGAUUCCAUGACACAGGAGGGGAAAGGCAUGAUAGUUUGUAUUGAACCACCCCUGUUAACAACUUCAAUAUAUUUGUACAUCAAGGGAGUGUUUGACAAAAUGUCGGUUCUCAUUUUGAUUCCCGUAUAAGAAUUACUC